AUGAUCAUCAAGCCUACCAUGGCUCAGGAAGCAUCUCGGCCGUCACGGCCCGGGAUUAUCAGCCAUCUCAAUCCAGCCUACUGGUGGCCGAAGCUAGAGCUGGACUCCCGAACUGCCCUCAUGAUGAUGAAAGGCGCAUUGGCGCCGACUAUCACUAUUGCCAUAUAUCAAAGUAGUGCUAUUUCAGACAUCACUACUACCAUUGGGUACCUGUCAGCCUUGAUUUCCGUCCUAUCCCAGGCCUUGAUGCCUCGCGCAAAGUUCAUGAAGAUUAUUUUCUAUGAUAUACUAUCUGCCUGUGUGUCUGCAUCGCUCUGCUGUCUUGCUGUCUUCUGUGCUGUCAGGGCAAGGGAGCACAAUACGCCUGCAGAUGCUAGUGAGAGCGAGCGGACUGGCUAUAACAGCGAUGCCUGCGCAGUGGCUGCGAUUUGGUUGAUUUUCCUGAUAUGGGGUGCGAACUCACUGCGUGCAUUGAAACCGAUGGAAUUACAAGAUCCAAUGGUUGCGUUUUCCAUUUUUGCUUCAGUCACCAUCACCCGUGCUGGCAUGUUCACAACUCUGUCCGAAGGGCUAGAGUUUAUUGCGCGGCUUCUAAAGGGGUUCAUGAUUGGGUUCGCCAUCGCAACGGGGGUCUCACUACUAAUCGUCCCCAUAACCAGCAGAGGCAACGUUUUCCACGACAUGAAAGACUACAUCACAUCAAUAGAUGAAGUUCUGCAAUCUCAAAUAUCAUUCGCUGGAGACAGCUCCGUAAGUGGCCUGUUUAGCCGACGCGUUCAGCUUCGCCGGGCACGGACCGCGAAAAAUACUCGGGAUAUGCAGAGCGAGGGUGAAGUAGAUCUGCAGUCCAAGCAAAAAGCGCUCCAGGGAUCUAUGACCAAACUGAACGGCUUGCACAGCAAAUUGCAUGCUGAUCUUUUCUACUCCAAAGAUGAGAUUGCGUGGGGUAAACUGUCCGCAGAAGAUCUGAGCAGCAUCGCCUCUCUAUUCCGAAGCCUUCUUCUUCCACUUUCUGGAAUGUCCAUGCUGCCUGAGAUCCUAGACACGAUGAUCAAGAAUGAAGGAAAUGACGACGCACGGGACGACAACGACGAUCCAGACGAAAGGGCACGGAAAUACUCUGAAAUCCAGAAAGUGGUGGAGACGCAUCACGCGCGGCUGAGGGACGCCUCGCACCUGGUUAAGCAGGGACUAAGCCAUUUCUUGCUAGCCGUGGAGCUUAUCAAACCUAAGCAUUUGGACCCGAAAAGAACGCGCCAUGGAGGAACUCAUGCCAGGGACGAAGAAGCAAGGGGUGAAACUUUAAGCCCGCUCCAACAUGACUUCACAUCCCGCUUUGAAACAGAGCUGCACUGCUAUUACUCUCGCCGGAAAGACCUCCCGGAGGCACUGGCGUCUCUUGAGGCAUUUUCUGCUUCCGAGAAGAUCGGUGCUUCUGCCACUACGGUUCCCUCUGGGAUACUUGGCGCGGAUCCUGACGUGCGGCAGGAAUUCUUCUUGAUUCUGUUUAUGGGACAUCUGCAAGAUGAUCUGCUUAAUGCAACGCUGCAGUUGGUCAAGUUUGCAGAUAGCAAGGUUGCGGAUGGAACGAUGAAACGCAGCCGACUAAUCUUUCCAAAACAAAAGUCAAUUCGCCAGUGGUUCUCGCUCAGCGCGGAUCAGAAGGAAAUCAAAACUUCAGAUAGCCGGCAGUCAUCCCGUGUUGAUCCCUCGAACAUACACCACUCUCAAGCAUUUACUGGAUUCCCUGACCCAGAGCAUCUUCCGCCGGAGAAUAUUUGGGAGAAAGGAAGUAACGUUCUGCGCUCCAUUUCCCAUGUUAUCAAAUCGGAACAAAGUAUUUUUGGCUUCCGGGUGGCUGCUGCUUCAUUCUCUGUGGCGAUUCUCGCAUUCCUCCACCAAACGCAAGACUGGUUCGUCCGGCAAAGAUGUAUCUGGGCUAUGAUUGUCAUUGUCAUCGGUAUGAACCCGACAAGUGGACAGACUAUGUUUGGAUUCGUUGCACGGAUUGUAGCGACGGCGAUAUCACUUGCCCUCAGCCUGAUAGUCUGGUAUAUUGUUGACGGCAAAACGGCAGGUGUGAUAGUAUUCCUGUAUCUUGCCAAUGUUUUCGAGUACUACUUCUAUCUCAAAGUACCCCAGUACUUCGGAGCUUCAGUUAUCGCAAUCGUCACAUUGAAUGUAAUUGUCGGAUACGAGCUACAAGUCCGCAAAUUGGGAAUCACCGAAGCUGAAACAAAUGGCCAACCCUACUACCCAAUCUACAUCUUCGGCCCAUACAAAUUAGCAGCGGUAGCAGCAGGCUGCGCGAUAUCCUUCUUCUGGGUAAUCUUCCCCUACCCAAUAACAGCAAAAUCACAACUCCGCAAACUGCUUGGCAAAAGUCUCUUUGUACUCGCCAAGUUCUACAGCGCGAUGCACACAACAAUAGAGCUCUGGCUCAACAACGAGCUAGGUGAUGCAAACGACAAAAACUCGCGAGCUCACCAGCUCCUCAAAUCCCGACACAAGAUCUUCAAAGAAGAAAUGAUGCUCUUAACUGGUCUUCGCAUGCACAGCCACUUUAGUACCUACGAGCCGCCAAUCGGAGGCAAGUUCCCGAAACAGAUCUACGAUAAUAUCAUCUCAGAGAUCCAGCGCAUUCUUACGAGUAUGUCGCUGAUGGCCCAUACAACCCAGAGCUUGGAGGUACUAGGCGUCGAGCCUGAAUCUCCAGAGUCUCCAGAUCGGGACCACGGUGAUAAGUGGAAGGCUCGACUAGCAGAGAUUGCAUUGCAGUCUACGGAUUUCAAUUCCCACCGUAUUACUUCCUUGCUUUGUCAUUUGUCGGCUGCUAUUGCGAAUGCACAGCCUUUACCGCCGUACCUCUCCACACCGGACUCGUUCCCGCUCGCGCGACAACUGCAUCAGAUUGAUGAUGAGCUGUUGAAUAUUCGGCAUGUGCGGGAUCCAGCAUUUUCAGCAUUCGUUUCGUUGGAGGUGUUGAGGUCUGUUGUUAGUUUCAACUUGCAGGAUUUGAUUGAUAAUGUGAGGAAACUUGUUGGCGAGCUGAGCUUUGAUUUUCAAGUCAGGCAGUCGGGGCAAUAUGCUGAAUCCUCUCAACUUCUUCAGAAUUCAGGUCGAGAGGAUGAGUGA